CUUUGAUGGGUAUAUGUGCUGUGAUUUUUUUUUUUGUAGACUAUGGUUUGUUCACUUACUGGGAUCUUUUGAUGAACAGAAAUUUUUAUUUUGAUAAAGUCCACCAUAUCAAGUUUUUCUUUUAUGAUUUUAUGACCCCCAAGCUCACAAAGAAUGUAUUUUCUUCUAGAAGUUUUAUGGUUUGGGGUUUUAUGGCUAUCUAUGAUCCAUCUCACUGGUUUUAGGUUUUAAAUCUAUGGUUUGGAGUUUUACAUUUAAGUUUAUGAUCCAUCUCCAGUUAAUUAUUUGUACAGAACGAGGUUUAUUUCAACAUAGAUACCCAGUUGUUCCAGCAACAUUUGUUUAAAAAGAUUUUCCUUCACCCAUUAGAUCAACUUGGCAUCUUGGUUGAAAAUCAACUGACCAUAUGUGUCUGUAGUUAUUUCUAGAUUCUCUAUUCUGUUUCCCACAGAAUACUUCAUUUUCCACAAUACUUCAUUAUUAUUUCUGUUCAUGUUUUCCAGCAAGUCUAGAGUUCCAUGUGUUAUAAAUUCCCUUUAAUCUAAAGAACUUUCUUUUUAACAUUUGUUCUAUUGCAGUUUUUCUGAAGAUGAAUUCUCUCAGCUUUUCUCUGUCAGAGAAUAUCUUUAUUUUUCAGGGGUAUUUUAGUUGAAUAUUAAAUUCUAUGUUGACCUUUUAUCUCUUCUUUUAGCAUUUUAAAGUCAUUUAUUUGUCCUCAGGUCUCAUUUGUUUCUGGUAAGAAAUCAUCAUUUUUAUGUGUCUCCCUGUCCAUAAUGUGAUUCUCCCCCAUGGUUACAUCUGCUCUUUAUCUUUGGUUUUCAGCAGAUCGACUAUGAUAUGUCUAGGUAUGUUUUUCUUUGUAUGGAGUUUACUGAACCUCCUGUAUCUGUGUUGCUGUCUUUCAUUAAUAUUGGGUAUUUCUUGGCUUUUAUGUCUUCAAAUAUUUCUUCUGUUCCAUACUCUCCCACCUUGCCUCUCCUUCUGAGACUCCAAUUACACCUAUAUUAGAUGAUUUGAUACUAUCCUACGGAUCUCAGAUGAUUUCCCCCCAUUCUUUUCUCUUUUUGUUUUUAGUUUGAAUACUUUCCAUUUAGCUGUCAAGUACCCUGAUGCUUUUCUCUUAAACCUAUCUGAUGAAAUCAUUCUGAUACUGUAUUUUUUAUUUCUAGCAUUUCAUUAUGUUUGUAUAGUUAUCAUGUUUCUGCUUAAAUUUUCCAUUUUUUUAUGUAUGUUGUCAACAUUUUCCACUAGAGUUUUUAAAGCAUUUUCAUCAUAGUUAUUUCAAAAACCCUAUCUAUUGAUUGUAAUAUUUUAGCCUCCACUAGAUUUUUAAGCAUUUUACUUUCAGCCAGAGUUAUUUUAAAGAUCCCACUGUUAAUUCAACAUCUGGGUCAUUUCUCAUUCUGCUUCUCUUGAACCUUUCCUCUGUUACCAUGGAUCUUAUUUUCUUGCUUUUGCACAUGUCUUGUAUAUUUGAUUGUAUGCUGGACGUUUUGUAUAAAAAACAGGAGAGACUGAAGUAAGUAUUAACUUCAAAUUGGGGCAUGCCCAUUUUUCUUUCAGUCAUUUGAGUAAUGGCUCAGUCAAUCUGAUGUAUAUUUGACCUAGAUCUGGGCACUAUUGCAGCCUUAGUUUGAUUCAGUUCACCCUGACUUUGCUUCGUAGCUAAGGUGUCAGCUGCCUCACUCUCGGCCUUCAAGAGUAUAUGUGGUGGAUUUAUCAGCAUUCCUGCUUUGCCUCCUCAUUUUAAGGUUAUCUUGCAAAGAUAACCUUAAAAUGUUAGUUAGUGGAAAGUCUCCACUUACCUCAAGGGAAGGAGUAAUCUGUCUCAACUUUUCUAUUAUACACACCCUCUUCCCACUUUUGGUUACUACCUUCCUGUACUUUUUAAGAUCCAAGAGGUAAGAUUGGUGGGUGGGUGCAGGUUUUCUCUGUGGAUUUGGGUCCUCUAGAUUCUAAUGUCAUGCCAGCCUCAAUGAGACCGACAUUUUUGUUAAAUUUCCACUGGCUUCUCUUUAUUCCCCUAUGGUGGAGCAGCCAUGUAUCUCUUCUCUCCUAUGAAGGACUUAGCAUUUUCUGGAGGUUAGUUCACUUAGGGUUUCUUUAUGUCCUUAGCUUUCUAAUGAGUUAAAAAUAUUUUUGAUUUUCUAGCUAAUCUAGCCUUUGUUUGCUAGGGUGGGAGAUAUAUUCUCCUGUGGUUUUCUACAUCCAAAUGAGAAGUGAAUUCUAGGAAUGGGAGUUUAAAAAAAAGUUUCAUUUACAUAUUUUAAAAAUAAUUUUUAAAAUUAUAUAUACAUGGAUAAUAAAAUGUUAAAUUUUAUAGAGUGGUGAACAAUGAAAAGCGAAUUACCUUCCCAUUAUAGGUUCCCAAGUCCUCUCUACUGCCUCUACAGAGACAAAUAUCAUUACCAGUUUCUUGAUUGUUUCUCAAAAUUCUGUAUACAAAAAGUGUGCAUAUCUUCCCCCCUUAUUUUUUUUAAUACAAAUAGAACCAUACUAUAUCUUCUAUACUUUGUUUUUCUCAUUUAACUAUUUCACCAUCUUGAAGUCCUUUACAGACUGCAUAAUAUGUCUUCGUAUGGAUGUACUGUGGUUUAUUUGAACAGUCCCUGGUGAUGGACAUUUGGGUUGUUACCAGUUUGUUUUUUUCUCACAAACAUUGCAGUAUAUAUGCCUUUGUCCACAUUUGUGGUUGAGUAUCUGUAGUAUCAGGAAUGGGCAUAUUUAAAAUGCUUCACGAAGGCCCCUGGAGCUUCAUAUUAAUUCACAGUGUUUCUCAAGGUGUUGGCUGGGCUCUCAGCAGUUGGUGGUAUGGAAGACUGGAUACUGCAAGAGACUCAUGAGGUGCUGGAGAGUUGCCUGGCAGGUGGCGUCAGAACAAAGCUGGCUAUAGACCCUACCAGAGUAGGAGUGACAUAUUAAAAUAUUUAAGACGUAGAAACUCAACUGUAAUUCCUUCUUUAUACAUAUAUUGGGGAUGUUAAAAAGUUACUGAUGUCAGAUUGCUCUCUUGCCUCCUCAGCCCCCACCAUGGGGUAAAAAAGAUAAAUACCGUUUUCUUUGGAAUGUCUUACCCAGCUAUAUGACUUGAAUGAUCCUGAUAAAUGAGAUUACAUCCAAGGAGGUUUUCUAAGGGGAAUGAAGACUUAUACAAGAAGUCUUAUACAAGAAACUUAUACAAGAAAUAUUAUCUAUGUGAUUCUGGGAUCUUCCUGUGAAGAUGUUAUGUUUUUUGAGAUUUUUUUCUAAUUACCUACCUAAUUAGCACAUUAAGUUUGGUUGUUGACAUCUGAGAAACCAACGUGCUUUCUCAUGAAAAAGACCCUUGCACAGAAAGUGCUCUUUUUUCUAAGAUCUGGGGUCAAAGGAGAGAUUUUUAAGCAUAUAAUAAUGGCUUCUACUUAUUUAAUAACAUAGGCACAAGAAAUGUCAUUUACUUCUCACAGGACCCCUUUCAGGGAGAUUUUAUAUAUUAGGAAGUAUGCUCAUGAGCUUUCUACCAACAUCAUCUUCCCUAAGGCUCCCCAUCUCAGUAACUGACUAUACUAUUCACUCAGUUGCUUUUAAAGUUAGAAACGUAGUAAUCUUUCUGUGACAUCUAUAUCCCUUUCCUUCAUUCUCCCAUAUCCAAUUCUAUACCUUAGGAAAUUUGUUUUACCUCCUAAAAUUCGUGAGAAUCCAUUCACUUUUUCUCCUUUUCCCAUCACUAGUCCAAGUGAACUGUUUUAUCAUUUCAUCUGCAGUAUCCUUUUAGUCACCCCUAGGUUAUCAAUUCUUGUCCCCCACUCAAUUCAUUCUCCACUCAUUAGCUAACAUGAACACAUUAAUCCAUUUAACAUGAAUUAAAUGUUAAUUUUGACUAUGUCACUCCUUGCCCAAAACUCUCUAGUGCCUUUCCAAUGUCCUUAGAAUAAAAUCCCUCGCAUGGCCUCUGUGGAUCUGCACCACUAGUCUCUCCUACCUCUCCACCUAUUGCAACCAACUCUUUUCCCCUUCCUCUUUCCAGCCAUGCUGGUCUUUCUGUGCUGCAAACUGGCCAAGCUUCUUCCAUCCUCAGGGCCUUUGCACAAGCUUUUCCUUUGCCUUAGAAUUUUUCCCCAGCCUGCCCACUUCCUCAUCCCCCUUCCCCAAGCUAAUGCCUUAUCCUUUAGGUCUCAUUUUAAACAUAUCUUACCCAGGGAAACUUCCCUGUCCAAACAAGUCUAGAUUGGAUCUCCCUGUUAUUAUUUGCUUUUACUACUCUGUAUUUUUCCUCAGCAUUUAUCACAAUUCUAAUUAUAUAGUUAUGUUGUUCUUUUAAUUUUCUCUGUUAUUGGAAUAGGUAAUACAUCCAUUUCAUACAAAAUUCAAAUUGUAACAGGGUAUAGAGUUUCUUCCCUUCCCCGUCCCUCUGCUACCCAGUUUUCUUCCUUACAAGUAACUACUUUUAGCAUUUUGAAUAUCCUUUCAGAGAUUUGGAGUAUAUAAGCAAUUAUGUACAUAAGUUUCAUCUUUAUUUUUGCCUUCUCUUAUUAACACAGAUCCUAUGUACAUUUUUCUGCACUUUGUUUUUACCUGUUAAUAUAUCUUGGCAAUUCUUCUAUAUCGCUAUGUAAAUGGUUUCUUUUUCAUGUACCAUACAGUAUGGGCUUAUCAUUAUUUCUUUAACCUUAAUUAUUGGGCAUUUAGGUUGUUUUCAGGCUUUGGUUAUUACGAACAAUGCUGCAUUGAAUAACUUUGUAUUUAAAGUCAUUUUCCACAUUUAUACCUAUAGAAUAUAUUCCUAGAAUUAAAAUAAAGAAGUUAAAGGUUAUGUGCAUUUUAAAUUUGGGUAGUAAUUUCCAAACUGCUGUCAAUGGAGGUUGUACCAGUUCACAUUCCCUCUAGCCACAGAUGAAGAAUGCAUGUUUACUCACAACUCAAUGAAAAUUUUUGUUCUCUGACAAUGUAAGAGGUGGAAAAUAUCUCUUGGAAACUUUAAUUUGCAUGUUUUCUCUUCCUUGCAAAGUUAUAUUUUCGUAUGUUCAAGAGGCAUUUGUAUUUCUUCUUUAGUGAAAUGUUUCUUCAUAAACUUUGCUUACGUUAUUUAAUGUGUGACUUCCUCGCUACACUCGAAGGUCAGGGAUCCCGCGUAUUUCGCUCGUCGCAUAGCUCCUGGUACUGGAAUGAAUGAAGCUCAAAGAAAUGACUGGCUCACGUCAUGCAGUAGUCACAUACGGAACUCAUGUUUGACUCGAAAGCCCACGUAUUUCCACGAUCACCCAGUGGAAAGACUGAGCAUUUAAUUCACCACAGCAGGGGCUAGAAAGGUAAUGUAAAAACGGCUGAAGUGUGCUGGGAAGAGAGGACUGUGGCAAAAAGGCCAACAAAUGCCUAACUACAGUAGCAGCUGUUUUCAGAUCUAUUUUACCGCCAAGCAGGAAUGCAGGCCCAUUGUCGGAUCUUUAUUUAUUCCGAGGCCGGAUUUCUGGCUUUCUUGCGAGAUCUCCUGGUUUUUAAGUAUUUCCAGUCAAAACAAGACUGCCUUCAAAUGCAGCCCACCAGCAGCGGAUUUGCAAACUCUAGCGUAAACAGAAGUGGGAGGCUGAUGAGGCGGGUAAUACCUUAGUUGGACAAACAGCCGAGAAACAGGGAAUUUUUAUGUAAGGCGAGAAUGAGGUUCUCCGCCGUAGGGUUUGGGUUUGGGGGCCGGGACUCCCGGGCUGGAAAUAAAUGCUGGGUGGCAUCAAAGCAGAGCAGGGCCAGGCGACGGGAGGGCGCGCCGCCGUCCCAGUUGUGGCUGGCCACUCCACCCAGCGCUGUUGGGGGUUUCUCAAGCAGCGUCCACACAAAGGUGUAGGGCGGUAGGGGCUGGCCGGGAUAAAGGGGACGACUGGCUUCGCAUUCCCUCACCGGCUCCUUUAGAGCCAAGUGGACCGCAGGAAAGCACCCAACCCCUUCCCCGCUUCCAGAAGACUCUCGCCUCCCAGGCAAAGCUUUCCGCUCGGCGAUCUACUUCUUUCCCUACUCAGGCCCCUCCCCACUUCCCCAAUCCUACGACUUCCGUUUGCCUGGUUUUUUGGGAAACCGCCGACUUCCGGCCUCGCAGCGGCGGGCGGAGCAAAGAUGGCUGAGCAGAGACUCGAGAUGAGAACUCAGUUUCCUGCAUCUGCUGAAUCUCUAAAACCCCGGCUGAAAAAAGCUCCAGAGUUUCCUAUUUUGGAGAAGCAGAACUGGUUGAUACAUCUCCACUAUAUCCGGAAGGAUUAUGAAGCAUGCAAGGAUGUUAUCAGAGAACAGCUUCAGGAGACUCAGGGGUUAUGUGAAUAUGCUAUCUAUGUCCAAGCAUUGAUAUUUCGCCUGGAAGGAAAUAUCCAAGAAUCCCUAGAACUCUUUCAGACGUGUGCUGUUCUCAGCCCUCAGUCUGCUGAUAACCUCAAGCAGGUGGCCAGAUCUUUAUUUCUUCUGGGAAAACAUAAAGCUGCCACUGAAGUGUAUAAUGAAGCAGCUAAACUUAACCAGAAAGAUUGGGAGAUCUGUCAUAACCUAGGAGUUUGCUACAUUUACCUGAAACAGUUGGACAAGGCACAAGACCAGUUGCACAAUGCCCUACAUCUUAACAGGCAUGAUCUGACUUACAUAAUGCUGGGCAAGAUCCAUUUGCUGGAGGGAGACUUGGACAAGGCCAUCGAAAUCUACAAGAAAGCAGUGGAGUUCUCACCAGAAAAUACAGAACUUCUCACAACUUUAGGAUUACUCUACCUCCAGCUUGGCAUUUACCAGAAGGCAUUUGAACAUCUUGGAAAUGCACUGACUUACGACCCCACCAACUACAAGGCCAUCUUGGCAGCAGGCAGCAUGAUGCAGACCCAUGGGGACUUUGAUGUUGCCCUCACCAAAUACAGAAUUGUAGCUUGUGCUGUUCCAGAAAGUCCUCCACUCUGGAAUAACAUUGGGAUGUGUUUCUUUGGCAAGAAGAAAUACGUGGCAGCUAUCAGCUGCCUGAAACGAGCCAACUACUUGGCACCCUUCGACUGGAAGAUUCUGUAUAAUCUGGGCCUCGUCCACUUGACUAUGCAGCAGUAUGCAUCAGCCUUCCAUUUUCUCAGUGCAGCCAUCAACUUCCAGCCAAAGAUGGGGGAGCUCUACAUGCUCUUGGCUGUGGCUCUGACCAACCUGGAAGACACAGAGAAUGCCAGGAGAGCCUACACAGAAGCAGUCCGCCUGGAUAAGUGUAACCCUUUGGUAAACCUGAACUAUGCUGUGCUGCUGUACAACCAGGGAGAGGAGAGGGGCGCCCUGGCCCAGUACCAGGAGAUGGAGAAGAAAGUCAACCUACUCAAGGACAGCAGCUCCCUGGAAUUUGACCCGGAGAUGGUGGAGAUGGCCCAGAAGUUGGGAGCUGCUCUCCAGGUCGGGGAGGCACUGGUCUGGACUAAACCAGUUAAAGAUCCCAAAUCAAAGCAGCGGACCACUUCAACCAGUAAAGCCGCCAGUUUCCAGCAGCCUCUGGGUUCUAAUCAAGCUCUAGGACAGGCAAUGUCUUCAGCAGCCGCGUAUAGGAAGCUCCCCUCAGGUGUCGGAGGAACAUCCCAGCUCACAAAGCCACCAUCUCUUCCUCUGGAGCCAGAGCCCACGGUGGAAGCGCAACCAACUGAAGCAUCAGCACAAAUAAGAGAAAAAUAGGUGUAGGAUGAGCCGAGAGUUGGGGUUUCUUGGGCGAGGAUGUUCCAGAUUAGGAAAUGUCCCGUGACACAGGCAGCACGGAGGCCAGCACAUUCCCUGGGCAUCAGGAGCUGGAACGCAGAACGUGUUACGAUGAUCACGAGGAGGCUGAGGCCUGUGCAGCCCCUGCUGCCCCGUCAGCCAGAAACGAGCGAGAAGAUGGCCCAGACAGGUUCCCGAAGAAUUGAGAGCAAGGCUUCGGCUCUAUGUAUGUAGUUCCAGGAGCCAGCAGGGCAUGUGAUGCUAUCUGUGUUGGAAAGGACUUUCUCUUGGCUGGCGGACCCCUUCCUUUGUGGAAGGAAAGUCUGAGACAGACCUCCGCGCAGCAGUCCUGUCAUGACAAAGCCUUGUCUUAGCUGAGCUGAUCCUUGGGCUGUGUGGUAUAUCAGCCACUGAAGCAAACACAAAUCUUUGAUUGAUAAUCCAGCUCUGAUAGUCUAAAAGAAAAAAAAAAAUGAUGAAACAAGCUCUUUAAAUUGAGGCCCAGGCUACUGAGUAUCCCAGCUGCACUUGCCCAAGAGCAUCCAGAACAAGUCCCUGUAUCUUGUUCUUGAGAGGUCAGAGUGUAGAGCCAGACCGUGUCAGGAUGAAAAGAAGUAAAGGGCUGGUCUGGUGUCAGCACCAAGGAUUUAACAAAAAGGAAGCGCUGCUUAACUGAGGAAUUUUUAUUUGACAAUCAAUGAUACCACUGACCAGAUGUUAUCAAUACAUUAUAUUUAUAGAUACUUAAAGAUUAUAUAUCAUCCCUUUGGGGAAAGUUAUUCAGGUAUAAAAAUGAGGGAUCACAAAAAAAAACUUUUUGAAAGAACCUUGUACCUGCCCAGUCUUUGGGGCUUGUGGAUUUGCAGUCUCUCAUUCACUCUGUUGAGAAAGGAGCUAUUCUAAUUCCUAGUAUGGGAGUUGCUCAUGUCAUCACAGGAAAAUUACAUGACAAUUAGAAAAAUGAGACCAAGUACACAGUUACAGAUACAGACAUGGUUUUAGAUGGCUCAAAUUAGAGGCAAGAAAGCGGAAGUAUGAACUAGCAACGGGAAAAGUGUUCUUCUUACUGAAUAAUAUUAGUACAAAACAAAGUAAAAUUUUGGAGUGUAUGAUUACAAUGAUCAUUUUGUUCUUAAGGAAAAAUCCCUAUUGUCUGAUAAUUAAUAGAGAGUAGCUCACAAUGGACCAAUCCUCCCACAGACAACAAAUAUAAACCAGUGGGUAAAUGUAAAAUACUAUCUUGGUUUAAUU